AAGGCGGGGAACGAGAUGUCACACCUAGGCGGGCGGAAGUGGAGGCUCGCGGAGAGAGGGAGUGAGGGGGCAGGAGGAGGGGGAAGCAGCGCCCCCUCUCGUUGCCAGGGUAACAGGACCAGGCGGAGGGAUCGACGAUGGCUGUAACUUAACCACUCGUCGAGGCCAGAGUAACCCUGGAAGCCCAACGCCAUGGAGGACGCUGGGUGUGAGACUGGAGAGCUGUCUGAACGCAAGCCAGCUUGCCCUGAUUUGGGCAGGACUGUUCCGGGUACUGGCAGCCCUUGUAUGGCGAAGGAGAGCAGCUCCGUCUCAGGCGGUGCUGAUGCAGGAAGCGACCUGCUAGCCGCCAGCCAGGUCUCCCAAGAGGGCUGCAGUUGCAAAGGUUGCCCUGGCAAAGAGGGGCUGGUUUUGGAAGCUCCAGAGUCUGCUGGAGAAGCUGGAAUUUGGGGCGAGGAGGAGGAGGGUGCUAGAGGAACCGAAACCACUUGGAAGAAAAGGAGCGAUCAAGAUAACGGCAACUUGCACUUUGCUGGCUACAGUGAAGCUGGCUCUUGUAAUUGUCAAGGAGAUAGCCCCGAUCUCUCCGAAACUUAUUCAGAGAAGGGGAAUGGCUUGUGUGGUUUCACUUGCCAGCACUGGCUUUCGGCCUCCAAGGAGAAAGGCCCGUCCAAGUUACCACAAGGUCAGGAGGAAGACGUUGAAGAUGAUGCGGCAUCCAAGGCCAAGGAGGAGGUCCCAGACUGUCCUCGGGCUCCCGGUGGAAGGAAGUUUGCCCGGCAGCAAAAGCACCAUUCUGCAGCCAAGGGCGAAGGGCGUUUUGCACUAUCUGGGGGAAAGCACAGGCAGGCCAGGAAGAGGAGUGACGGUGGGCGGCACCAUGACGUCCAAGUCCAGCUGCUCAAACAUCUGGAGGGCUUAGCUUCCUUCUGCGUCUCCUGCUUCAAACUCUUUAUCAGCCUGAUUGUGCAGGUCACCCACAGGUGUGGCGAGGGUGUGGAAGCUGGUGGGAAGCUCCUGUACUCGUGCUGCUCCUUAAGCGCUCAUGAUCUGGAUACCAUCCGAACCAGCAUGCGGACUUGGAUCCAGCAUGCAAGGCUGGGCUGCAGGAAAGUGACGUGGUGGCUGGGCUCAUGGCUUAGUGUUGCUUACCGCCUGCUUAAGAUGCUAUGUGCUAUACUCUUUCUGGUGCUCAUGCUUCUCCUGGGUAGCCUGAGACUCUGCUGGCGGGUCUCUAAAUCAGCCCUCUUCAGUGUCAUGGGUAGAUUGGCCCACACCAGUCACGGAGCCUGGAUUGUCUCAGCUGUUGACCUGCCUCGAGUUUGGGCUCUCUUUAAAGAAAGCAGGACUUGCAAGUGGGCAGCCGGCCUGCUGCUUAAGUGGCAAACCCUCCUUUGGAUGCCCAAAGGAUUAAGGACCAGCCAGCCAGGGGACACUGCUUACAAUGGGUCUCCUGGAGGAUCUGAGCCAUACCAGCCUGGGGAAGAGGUGGCACGCUUGCUGGCUAUGGCACAUACCCCUGAAGAAGAGCUGAACCCUUUCCAGGUCUUGCGCUUGGAGGCAACUGCAUCGGAUGCUGAGCUGAAGAGAGCCUAUCGGCACUUGGCAGUACUGGUUCACCCAGACAAGAAUAAGCAUCCGCGAGCCGAAGAGGCCUUCAAGUUACUGCGGGCAGCCUGGGAUAUUGUCAGCAAUCCAGAGAGGAGGAAGGAAUAUGAAAUCAAGCGCAUGGCAGAGACAGAGCUGACCAAAUCCAUGAACGAGUUCCUUUCUAAGCUUCAGGAUGACCUAAAAGAAGCCAUGAAUACAAUGAUGUGUAACAAGUGUCAGGGGAAGCACAGGCGGUUUGAGAUGGAUCGUGACCCACUGAAUGCUCGCUACUGUGCAGAAUGUAGCAAGCUUCAUGCGGCCGAGGAGGGAGACUUCUGGGCCGAAUCCAGUAUGCUGGGGCUGAAGAUCACCUAUUUUGCCAUGAUGGAUGGAAAGGUUUACGACAUCACAGAAUGGGCUGGCUGUCAGCGAGUAGGAAUCUCCCCAGACACACACCGUGUUCCAUAUCACAUAUCUUUUGGAUCAAGGGGCUCAGGAGGACGGCAGAGAGCUGCUUCAGACAGCAGCCCUGCUUCAGCUGCAGAACUGCAGGAUUUCUUCAACCGCAUCUUCCAAGGGAACCACGGACAAAUGCCGAACGGGAACUUUUUCAGCACGCCCCAACCGCCGUCCCCGGGGAGCGUCCCAACCCCUCCUGCCCCUCCAUCAAAGGUGGACAGUACCUCCCAGAAAGGAGAUUCAAAGCAGAAACGGCGGAAGAAAGUGCGGCGCCCUUUUCAGCGCUGAGGACUCCACGAGAGUUGGGAGUGAAAUCUCCCAGGCCUGCUUGGAUGCCAGGCUUUCUACAUCAGGUAGCAAAAGGGCUGUUUCAAAAGGGAAAAAAGUGUGUUCUGGUUAGUGUCAAAAAUCCAGAUGACUCAGGCUCCUCUGGACUAAUCCAUAACCCGGUAACUUCCAGCUGGACAAAGACCCUCGUCUUUCCACUGCAAUUGUCGACACUGAUCCCGUGAUACCAAAGAGCUCCAACAGAUGGCUUCCUGGAAGUGUCAUCAUGAAGAUGUGGCAUGGACAGGUGUGGGGGUGGAGCAGCCUGCCUAGAGCCAUGGGAUCUCCUUUAAGGUGACUUUCUCAAUGAGAUGCUUCUGUAAUUGUUCAGCGGUUUCCCCCUUCAGCAGGAGUAUGACUACCACCAAUAACGUUAGCUGAUUCUUCACUUUUGGUCCACAAGGACACUUGGACUGUAACCUCUGCUUUACUCCAAUUGUCACACUAUCAGACCCCUCCUAAGUCACCUGAGACUUGGAGAAAAGGUGAGCCUUAGAGGGCCCCUAGUUGCCCAGGAAAGACUUGGCUUGGCUGAUGGUAAUAUUAAGGCAACAUGUAGAAAAGAAGCAUAUAUCUUAUUGCUGUGCAAGAUUGGGAAUUAAAUUCUUACCCCCAUGCUGGGUGUCCUACAAACUAUACAAGAAGAGGGUCAAGGGAAUCGCCCCCCUCCUCCGGUAAAUAUCCUUGCUAGAAAAUAUUAAUUCAGUGCUUACCAUGCAAAAGAUUUAUCUAGGCCCCAAAGUUAGGAGGAGAUGAAGAUACACUUUAGUUGUUCCAGGAGCUGCCCAGAUAUGAUGCAGAUACUCAGGAUUAUACCAAAUGGUCUUUUUGCUUCUACGUUGAGUCAAAAAAGGUUCCACGGUUCUGUUGCAAGACUACUGAAAAGAGGUGUUCUGCACCACCCCAUAAAGCAAAUAGUCACAUCUGGCUUUGGAUGCAAAGUGACUCUUGGACAGAACCAGGUUCCUGUCUUUCUAAAGUGCUUGGUUUGCUCUUCCCUGGUCCUGGGAAAUACAUGCUGUUUGCCUCUGCUGUCCAAGGACUGUGAUCAAAUCAGUUAAGAAACUGGUGGAUUAAACCCCCAAGAUUUAGCAUGGACAGUUGGCUCUUAACUGUCCAAACUUGUUUUAUUGAAGGUUACUUUUUUAAAAAAGUUCAGAUUUGUAUGUACAUACAUAUAUUUAAUACCAUGUGUAUUCCCCUUUCUAUAAAUAUAAAUGCCUUGGAGAGUC